CUGCGGGCGGCGCUGUGGCCCGUCGUGCGGCCCCACAGAGCCGCCAUAGCCACCCCCCCCUCCCCCGACCCAACGUCUACCCCGCCGGCUUCGCGCCGCCGCCAUGGCCGACGUGGAAGACGGCGAGGAACCCUGUGCCUUGGCCUCUCACUCCGGGGGCGCAGCCUCCAAGUCGGGGGGCGACAAAAUGUUCUCUCUCAAGAAGUGGAACGCGGUGGCCAUGUGGAGCUGGGACGUGGAGUGCGAUACGUGCGCCAUCUGCAGGGUCCAGGUGAUGGAUGCCUGUCUUAGAUGUCAAGCUGAAAACAAACAAGAGGAUUGUGUUGUGGUCUGGGGAGAGUGUAACCAUUCCUUCCACAAUUGCUGCAUGUCCCUGUGGGUGAAACAGAACAAUCGCUGCCCUCUCUGCCAGCAGGACUGGGUAGUCCAAAGAAUCGGCAAAUGAGAAUGGCAGAAGGCUUUCUUAGUGCAGUUGUUCAAAGCCCUGGUGGAUCUUGUUAUCAAGUGCCCUACAAGAGCUAGAACAUUCCAGGGGAUUAAUUCUUCAAAUAAGGAGCCAAUGGAGCUAUGGUCUUUUCAGACUCAUUAAAGGCGUGGUUUAGAAUUUUGUCGGUUUCAUUUUCAGAAAUUCUCCACAAUUAAGAAGAUAAUUUAUAGAAGAUGGUCUUUCCUACCUCUGUGGUGUGUGCCACACACACUGCUUAGAAGUGCUAUAAAAAAGGAGAGAACUCCAAAUUGAACGACCUUUAUAACUUUCCCAUUGAUGUACUAGUUGUGGAAGCAGUUCCUUUCAGAGGAGAACUUUUUGCAUGCUUAUUGAUCAGCUAAAAAAAAAAAAGGACAGCAUGUUAUAGUAGCAAAUAAAGUGAGUUUAAAACCCAA